GGCCAGGGCUUUAGACCACAGCAGUGCUGCGGGAGAAGGACGGGGCGGUGGCGUCAGAGCCCCAGCACAGGGACGGUGCUCGCUGAAUGACCCCGAGUUCCCUCCCGGAGGCGCUCACUACCUUAUGGACGUGACUGCUACUGGUUCUUGGUUCCUGGGCUCCUUUGCUCCUCCACCCCGAUUCUAGACCCUAAGUUUCACCCUGGGAGACCACCCCCACUUCCCGGGCUUCGGGCUUGUAAAGGGGAAAAGCCCCACUUUUGCCUCGUCACUAGAAACCCAGUCAUCUGAGUCAGUCGAGCAGGUGACGUUAGGCCGACCUGGGCUCCUGGCUAGCAGAACAGAGGCGCUGCCACGAAACUCGUACCUGCGGCUAAGAGCAGCGAUCAGAAAGAGGAAGAAACGGAGAGCAGAUGUUUGUGUGAUAGGGCCUGCCUCUCUCUCUGCCGGGCUCCUCCUCCAACCCCCCUUCUGCAGCCUCCGGGACCGAGCUGGAGGCGACCGUCUGGUUUCUGAUAGAGAAAGGUCAGUGGGAGGGGACAUCUCCCUAAACACAGGCACAAACUGGGAGCACAAGGGCUUGGGUGCUGGAACGCGUCUGCCACGCUAAACGAGGUGCCAGCCUGAAGCUCGAGUCAGCCCACAGUACCCGGUCCCUAACCUGGAGGAGAGGGUCUAGGAUAUCAGGCUUUCAAAAGAUCCCGGACGACUGUGGGAAAUUCUCCCCCACUCAAAGUUCUUGCCUCCUUCCAGUUCUUCCUAGGUAGUGGCUUGUCCUCUUGUCAUGCGGAAAGAGGCUAAUCAAAGAGAUUCGGCUGGGUAGACAGAGUUUGUGAUAGGUUCAGAGAAGGUGCCUACUUCUGAGUGACUGACUGCAUGUGUCUGUGAACAUGUCUAACUACCGAGUGCGUUUCUGAGUGAAUGUGACCGGGUGGCCCUGCGAGUGUUGUGCCAGGCUGCAGAUUUACUGCAUUUCUUUUAGAAGAGCUAUAAAGUAAACGCUAAAGUGACCGAGAGACUAAAAUAUUCUUGUUUUGCCAAGUUUUUUUAAGGCCAUUAAUCUCAUUUGAAGGAAUGCGUUUUUACUUGUCUUCCAAAUAGACCCCCCCCCCCGCAUCACCCCGUGCUUUGUUCUUUUAAAUCUUUCUUCCUUGAAAUCUGGCAAGAGAAUCACGUUAAAUCCUUGAACCAAACAAAUCUUUUAAAUCAGCAGGGGAGCAGAGAAGGUGAAGAUGUGUAGUUAAGGAAAUAAGAAAGAUAAGAGCAUUGGAUUACAAUUCCUUUUUUGAACAAAAAGUGUGUGUGUGUGUGUGUGUGUGUGUGUGUGUGUGUGUGUGUAGACAUCACGUCGUAAGCAAAGGAAUGAGACUGCAAUCAGAUCUACCUAGAACUCAGCAGAACAGACAACCCUCUCCUCCUGUAGCCUGCUCUUGUGACUAGAAGUCACUCCCAUCAGUUGUGUAAAUGUACCUGUGGGUGUGUGCCAGAAGCUAAUUCUUUUGUGCAAAGUUCCCACCAACAGCAGGAUCCGUUUCAUUUGUAAAACACACGGAUGCUUAGCUUCCUCAGUCUGGUCCCGGGGAAUUUCAGGGCCAAGAAGCUUCCUUGUUCCUUCGUGGCUGAUUCUCUGAUGCCCUUCUUGGCUCUUCUACAACACCUAGCAUGACUUGGACAUUUCCUGUGGGAAGUAACAACUUAGUAAUAGCUUUAUAGAGUGCUUCAAAAGCUGAUGACUUGGGGGGGGGGGGAGGUGCCCUGUCACGUGGAAGGAGGUUGAUUAAAAUAUCACAGGUUCUUUCAGUCUGUUUCCCAAAUUUACUAGCCUCCCCCCCCCCCCUCAAGUCUACCUGAAAGGAGAAAGGGGCCAUUCAUAGCGAGAAACCACAGUGAAAUUUCUCGCAAGAGUCUUCAGAAUCCAAGACUGGUGGUACGGAAUGGAUCCUGGCGGUCUAGGGUUCGUGGCCCAAUUCCCGCAAACAGCUGCCUCCUGCGUACAUUCUCCCAGGCCCGCUAGGCUAGACUGGAUUGAACUGGAGAAGGCAUUAGGCGGCUAGGAUUCAGUUUACUGAAGGAAAAGCCACAGCUGGAUGACUUCUCUGCAUUUAGUCUUGGCCUUUCCGGAUGCCUAGCAAAUUCAGAUGGUGAAGUUUUAGUGCACCAAGCGGCCUGUUUCCCUCGGGUUUAGAAGUGAAACAGUUUGGUCACUUCUUUCCAAGUCUUUGAUACCUGUCCCCCCCCCCCCCCAACACACACACACACAUACACACACUCUUAUGGGGAGGACGGGAGAGAGAGUGGAGGAAAGCUGACUUGUCUUCUCUUCGGUUGCUGGCUAGUUGGCAUUCAGAUUCCGAGUCCAAGCCUCCUAAAUCUUGGUUUUUUCCCCUAACAUCUUCCACACGUGGGCCCUUAUGCCAUAGCAAAACUGGGCAAUUAAAUCUGCCUUUAGCUCUGGGGAGCUGAGGGAACUCACAAGAAAUGAGCUGGAGGGACUCUUCUGCCAUGCCCCAAGCUGGAACUUGCCAGAGUGAGGACCAUAGGCCACAGACUAAGGCGCCCCAGGUAACCCAAAGCGGUAAAUCAAGGAAGCUGGGGCAGCCAGGAAGGUGCCUUUCUUGUUACUUCAGUCUGUUUAAGCCCUUGGGGCCUGCUCAGUGACAACUUGUCUGCUUUAGCCUACCCUUCCCAGAUUGACCUGGCCUUCCCCACAGCUAUUCACGGGGCUGAAGGACACAGAGGAUACGGGAUGAAAGGAGGAGAAAAGACCUUAGGACCCUGUCUUGGGACCAGCUGGUGCCCAUGAUGCUCCGCUGUGGCUGAACUGAGAGGUGGGCGGAGUAUAGGACCUUGAGCGGGGAUCUCUUCUGUGGUGCUACCGCUGAAGUCUCUAGACUCCCCGUCUGGGUCUCUCUAGCCUGCCCCAUUUUUCGCUGGUCCUACCUCUCUUCUCAGGACUAUUGCCAGGUCAAGGCCGCGGUGGCCUCGGCCAAGCUCGGUGCCGGGUGGUCCGAGUUCCUCCGCUGGCCCCACCUCCCACCAGAUAAGAAGCUUAAGCCCUUCUCCUGUGUCCGUGUGUGUGUGUGUGUGUGUGUGUGUGUGUGUGUGUGUGUAGGAGGGGGCGGGGAAUUAGGCUCGAAGUCUAAUUCUAAAGGCCAGUGGUCUUUAACUGGGUUCAAAGUCGACUUCUACUAUGACCAGCUCAGGGCUGCAUUCAGCAGGCUACACUGGAAGCAUCCCUCGGUACUUGUUUGUGCUUUGCCCUGAGGGUUCGAGGUGCGAGUGGCUGGGGAGGUCGCCUGGGUGCCUUCAGCAGCCAGCCCUGGUCUCCCGUGGCCAGGCGGCCCUGGCUAGCCGUCUUCACUACUACCCAAACCAGGGAAAGCUCAGGGCAAGUAUUCGGGGGUCCUGUUCUAUCACUGUUUCUCUUCCCCCCCCUUCUUUCUGCCCCCACGCGUUCCUUUUUACUCUUUCUUCUGCCAUUAAAUCCUCAUUAAGGAAUCAGUUCACGGCGAGCAAGACGUCCAAUCUCCAGUCGGUGGGAGUCCUGGGGCCACUUGACAGGCCUUGUCUGGCCAGUGCUAUAACCAGACCCUUUACUGCUCUGGGCUGCAAGCCUGUCCAGGUGUGCCUUUGCGCUACACGUACACAUAUUCAGGGCCUUGGCUACUUUUGCUGAAAAUAAAAACAGGCAUUGAGUUUGUCGGUUCUCUUGCUCCUUGAGUUGCCGCCAGGUUUCAGAAAGUCCCCGGAGACCGUGAUCCAGGCUUGUCCGCAGCCGGAUGUCUAAGCCGGAGCUGCUCCCCACCUGGCCUCGCCCGCGGGCGACAAAACCGUCACUCUGGCCGUGAGAGAGCGUCACCUUGCCAAGAUCAACUCACAUUUUCAUGUAUUCAAAUGAGAAAUGUUGGGAAGGAACACUCGCCUCUCCGGGCAAUCCACAGCCUUGGAAGGAAAAAAUAUGAGAUAAAGACAUAACUCCAUUUUCCAAAUCUUUGGUCUCUUGGGAAGACUCUAAUUAUGAAAAACUUUGAAUUCUGCCUAUAUAACUGGAUUUGGACAUCAUUCGAUUGUGACACUUUGGAUGUAUGGACACUAAGAUGUUCCAUUGACUCCACCAUGACUUCCUGUGUAUGAACCAGAGGUGGUUCCAAAAGCAGACAGCAAAAGAACUAACAGGCAGACACUGUGAAGCCGUCCUCAUGGAGCAGUCACAGGGCAUUUGGAGUCAUGUGACCAAUGCAAGGAAACCUCAGGGAUUGUGAGGCCUUUUCUGCAGAACGCUUUUCACCUGUGAGCAUUCAGCAAUCGUUUUUUGAAUGUAUCCUGUGAGGGAGUGACCAAACCUGCAAGGUCAAGUUCGUCAAGAUGUCCACCAUCCCGAAGCACUUCGGACUGACAGCCCGAGAAGAAUCGUAUAUGUUUAAAGAGCUUCAGAAGAUUCGCCAGGAAUCCAAAAAGGGGUAUCACCAGUUCAAGCAGAAGUUGGCUGACAGGCCGCCUUUUGGUGCAAGUUCUGAGGAUGACCUCGAAGAUGACCAGGACCAGGAGGCUCGCCCGCGCAGUGCCAGAGCAAAGGGAAAAGUGUCCUGGGCUGCCAAGCCAUCCUCGCCGUCGCCUAGGGUGCAGAGCCCAGAGCGCCCCGCCGCGGCCGACCUGCAGGGGGCGCCGCAGAGCACGCGGCGCGCUCCCGAGAAGCCCGUACCCUUCAGCCCGGACUUCUACCUGCGGAGCUCGGCGUUCCUGCGGCACGGUCCCCUCAGCACCCCCGUCAUCGCCCGGCAGGCGGGCACCGCCAGGCCCGCGCUCCUUCUGCGGCCGCGAUCGCGUCCCAAGAGGCGGCAUCCCAAGAGCCGAGCGAGCGGGUUGUCUAAGCGCGUGUUCCCCCCCUGAUCCCCUCGCACGAGCCCGGUGCUCGGCUUGGUUCGCACCUGCUACCGACAUGCCAGCUCCUUGUCCAGCCUGGGCAGCGAGUUCGACGAUAGCGGACGGCUGCGCAGGAUGCGGAUCCACACCCACUACCUGCGCGAGGGCACGGGCGGUUCUCGGUGGGUCAGAAACGUGCGCGAAGGGAGCUUGACCAGCCAGGGGUCCUGGCCUCCGCAGGCGACUCGCUUUUUCCCCACGAGCAUAGAGGAGAUCAUCGCCUCUCUGCAGUCCGAGGCCCAGCUGGCUUCAGACCAGACCAUCAAGGAGCUCAUCCAGAGCAUCCUGGGCCAGAACUACGACCUCACAAUGGAAGGUAUUUCUUUGAUGGAACAAAAGUACUUCAGACAAACACCUGAGAUAAAAGAGGAGAAAGAGUCACAGGAAAAUUUAAAGGAACGGCCAGUCACGCAAAGUGUUCAUGAGGAGCUCCCUGAGGCCGUGUCCAGCAUCUUCCAGAUUGAACAGGAGGAUCUUUUGGAUUGGGGAGCCAUAGGAGAAGAGAACUUAGCGUUUAAGUCCCAGGAAGCAUUAGAAAUUAUGCCACUAGAGGACUUCAGUAAGCCCUCGGAAGCUGGUCGUCCCUCAGUUGAUGUGAAAUCAAGCAGGCGGUCAACUAUAAAAGUGAGAUCUUCAGAAUUAUUGCAAAUCAGAGGAAGAGAAGUCAAACGUUCACAAAAAAGUAAACCAGUUGUUAAGUCAUUGAAACCAAGAAAGACUGUAAGAUCUCAGGAGAAUAAAAAACUAAUUAACAAAAUCCCACAGGCCAAUCCCAUUUCUCAUCUCCAUGACCUGUGCGCCACAGUCCCAGAUGCGGAGCUGCCUGUGGAUCUGCACCUGGCUUCUCGAGUGUACCACACCUCCAACAGGACAGGUCACAAGGCCAUGCUUGGGCUAUUGGGAUCGUCACUCUUAGGUGAUUGCUGCUUAGAUGAACAGCGAGAUAGAAUACUGUAUGGCAUUCCUGUUGAGAAACAGAAGUACGGCAGCGUUCCUCCAGUCCUACCAGAGGAAUUCCCUGAAUUGGUGCAGAUAACUCAAUGGCAAGCUCACCAACCAGACCUGCAGCUCUCAGGAGAAGAAGUUUCUGCAUAUCCAGGAGCUUCAAAGAUGUUUUGGAAUCUUUCUGCACCCAAAUUCGCGAUUCCAGAAUCAACCAUGAGGGAAUUGUUAUAUCCAAAAUACGAGAGUGCUCAGACAAGCAAAAUUUUAACUGAGAAAAUUUCUGAAAGCAAGGAAAGUGUGGUUAUUUUGGAUACAUACACCAGAAGAAGUUUUAAGUCUUUAAUAAUAAAAAAGUCUGCAUCAUAUGAGAAUAUCCAAAAAUAUUCCAGUGCACCGUACACACGAUUAAAGAGAUCAAACUCUACUGUUGAGUUGCAGAAAGAAGGGACCCCACCGCCGUUUAUAGUUAAGGACGACAUCGACAGCAACCUGAAGCAGCUGCUUUUCCAGAAGAGGAAGGAGCUGGAGCGCCAGCUUGCCAAGCAAAGGGCGAUAUUUGAUUCCUCCAUAAAAGGCAGCCUGGAGGCCAUGAAUGAGUCAGACAGCUUAAAAUACCUGUCUUUUUCUCUUGUUGAAGCAUCAAGAAAAGCUGGCAUUAGCUACAUUGUGUAUCCCAGGAAAAAGAAGAAGCUGUUGAGGAAAGGAAUGAAAUUCCAGAAGCUUGGCCUUGUGUAUGAGCAGCUCUCCAAGCCGCCAAGGAAAUUAAAAAGAUCAACAUCUCACGGAGUACUUCCUGAGCAGAAAAAAUUUUUCCUUAAAGUUCCGUUAUACGAACGUCAAAUAAGGUCUCCCAGUGUACCCGUGGUUUUAAAUUUUGAUCAAUUUGUUCAAAGUAAAGGAGGAAUACCAGAAAAUACUGAUCCUCGGACAUGGGCUAUCGAGAUCUUCGUUAAAGACAAACCUCAGAAAACACCUGCAGCAGCCACGUAUGUUCAGAAAGACGUUCCCGAGCCAGUGAUAGACCUUCCCAAGUUGGAAUUAUCUGAUCAUAUCAAGUGUGACCUUCCCCCAGAGGUCAUUCAAUAUUAUGAAUCCGAAGUGGAGCGGUUGACUCAAGAGAUAAGAAACGAGAAAAGAAUUCCUGUGUUUGCCUAUUGUCGGCGUGGAGCUAUUUAUAGAAAACUGGGAAAGUUGCAAAGCGCCAUGAAUGACCUACAAGAAACCAUAUUUUUGGAGCCAUUGUUUCUCAAUGCCUAUUGGCACCGACAUUUCAUUUAUCUUUUCCAAGACAAAAUUAAUGAUGCGUUGGAUGACUUAAAUUUUAUAAACAAAUAUAAUAAAAACCAUGCAGAGGCAUACUUGUCAAAGGCAGAGAUUUUCAGAGAGAAGAAGGAAAUCACACUGGCAAUUCUGAAUUACAGUCAGGCAAUCAAGUGCAGACCCAAAGACGCUGAUCUCUAUUUCAAGAGGGGGGAGAUGUAUGAGAAGACAAACAGAGUGCUGGCCAUUGAUGAUUAUUCGAAAUGUAUUUACCAUAAUCCCAAGAGAACAGAUGCCUUAAUGAAGCGUGCAGUAUAUUACUUUGAAAAUGAAAACUGGAUUGGAACCAUACAUGAUUUUACAGCUCUGUUAAAACUUGAGCCCCAAAAUUCUUAUGCAAGGACAAACCGAGGGAGAGCAUAUUUUAAAAGGAGUUUAUAUAAACAAGCCACCCAAGACUUUUCUGUUGCCAUCCACUUAGAUCCUAACAAUUGGUUAGCGCUGUACUACCGAGCCUGCGUGUUCAGGAAGACUAAUCCCCUCAGAGCGCUGCAGGAUUACAGUGUUUCAGUUCUCAUAAAUGAUGGCUAUGAUAAUCUUAACUGCUUUCUACAUCGGGGUGUACUCUAUGCACAACUAAAACUUUGGAUGUUGGCAAUUUGUGAUUUUGAAACUGUUAUUUCUCUAGAAAGAACUGCUACUUUGGCUUAUGUGAAUAUUGGCCUCCUCUAUCUGCUCCACCUGGAUAAUUACACUGAAGCCUUUUGGCGAUUCUCUGAGGCAAUCCGAGUUGAUCCUUUAUAUAUUCAAAGCUAUAUUUGUAGAGCAGAAACCUAUUAUAAGCUGCACAAACUGAAAAAGGCAGUGUAUGAAUUAUCUCGUGCUAUCCACCUCCAGCCAGAUGCAAUCCAGUUGUAUAUAAUAAGGGGACAGUACCUUCUUAUGAUGAAGUGUUAUGAUCUUGCAAAGUUCACUAUUUAUCAAGUAGCAGAAAUGAACAAAGGUGUCAUUGAGCUGACACCAAUACAGCAAGCGCUCAUUUACUCAUUUUGUGAAAACCACGACAAAGCUAUUAACGUCUUGGAGGGGGUCACAGUCAAUAGACCAGAGAUCUCCACUUUUGCACUCUUGGCAAAAGCCCAAAUGAAGGCUAAGAAAAUCAAGGAAGCUGUGAGAAUAUUUAAGAAGGCUUUGGAAAUGUUUUCAAGUUCUGACAAAGGACCGAAUGCCACUACUGUUUUAGCAGAGUGUCUUUAUAACCUGGGUCUUUGUUACAUGGAGGAAGGCAACCUACAAAUGGCUUUCGACUCUUUUACAAAAGCUGUGAAAGCAAAUCCUGACUUUGCAGAAGCCUUUUAUCAUCGGGGACUUUGUAAAGUAAAACUCAACAAGGAUAACUCAAUCCUGGACUUUAAUCGGGCAAUUACCCUCAAUCCCAAACAUUACCAGGCAUAUUUAAGCCGAGUAGCCUAUUAUGGUUUAAAGGGCAGAUACUCCAAAGCAAUCAUGAAUUGUAACGAAGCCAUCAGACUUUAUCCUGAGAGUGUGCGUGCCUACAUCUGCAGGGGAGUUCUGAAAUACUACAACAGAAGUUACAAGCUAGCUAUUACAGAUUUAACUACAGCUGUCAACAUGGACAAGAACAGUUACACAGCAUUUUAUAAUAGAGCACUGUGUUACACUAAGAUAAAGGAACUUGAGAUGGCUUUGAGGGAUUAUGGAAUUGUGCUGCUUCUUGACACGGGAGAAAGGAUAGCAUUAAAUACCUUCAUUAACCGUGGACUCAUCUACACCCAACUAAAGCAGUAUGGCUUUGCACUAGAGGAUUUUAAAGAGGCUGCACUGAUAAGCCAGACAAGCGUGAGCCUUUUUCAAGCAACCGCCAUGUGCCACCACAGAAUUAAAGAAUUUGAAGGUGCUGUUGACUUCUUCACCAGGGCUGUUAAAAUUAACACACGUUUUCUGGAUGCUUAUAUUGGACGGGGGAAUUCUUACAUGGAGUAUGGACAAGAUGAUGCCCUUAUACAAGCACAGAAGGACUUCCUGAAAGCACUGCAUAUUGACCCAUCAUGUUUAAAGGCGAGGAUUAGUCUAGGCUAUAAUUUGCAGGCCCAAGGAAAAUUCCAGAAAGCUUGGAAUCACUUUACAAUUGCCAUAGAAGCUGAACCAAAGAGCUCUCUAGCCUAUGAAGGACGAGCUGUCAUUUGUCUUCAAAUGAGUAAUAAUUUCGCUGCAAUGCAGGAUAUUAACGUUGCCAUCAAGAUCAAUACUACAGCAGAGUUCUUGACGAAUCGUGGUGUGAUUCAUGAGUUUAUGGGUCAACAGCAGAACGCGAUGACAGACUAUCAGGCAGCAAUUUCUCUGGACCCCAAGUACUGGCUGGCUUACUUCAACGCUGGGAACAUCUACUUUCGUCACCGGCAGCUUUCUCAGGCCAGUGACUACUUUUCAAAGGCUUUGGAGUUUAAUCCAGAAAAUGAGUAUGCUCUCAUGAAUCGAGCUGUUACGAACAUGAUAUUAAAGAAAUAUGAAGAAGCAGAAAAAGAUUUUUCACAUGCAGUUGAUCUCUGUCCCCACUGGGCUGCAUUGUAUUUUAACAGAGCCAGUUUCUAUUUCUGCUUAAAGCAAUAUGAACAAGCUGAAGAAGACCUUAGCAUAGGCCUGUCUUUGAAGCCUGAUGAAGGUGCAAUGUAUAAUCUCAGAUCACAAGUUCGUGGCAAAAUGGGAUUCACAGAGGAAGCUAUGAGCGACUAUAACAGAGCCCUUGAUCUGGAAGAAUGUCCCCCAGCUAUGUGA